AUUCUCUUUGAUCUUUUCAGUUUUCAUUUUCGACAUCUUGAAAUAUUCCAAAUGGCGCCCAAAGCAGAGAAGAAGCCCGCCGAGAAGAAGCCGGCCGAGAAGGCCCCUGCCGAGAAAGCCCCAGCAGAGAAGAAGCCCAAGGCCGGGAAGAAGCUCCCCAAGGAGGCCGGAGCGGCAGCCGGAGACAAGAAGAAGAAGAGGAACAAGAAGAGCGUGGAGACGUACAAGAUCUACAUCUUCAAGGUCCUCAAGCAGGUCCAUCCAGACAUAGGGAUCUCCAGCAAGGCCAUGGGAAUCAUGAACAGCUUCAUCAACGACAUCUUCGAGAAGCUCGCCCAGGAGUCCUCCAGGCUUGCGAGGUACAACAAGAAGCCGACGAUCACUUCUCGGGAGAUCCAGACUGCUGUGAGGCUUGUGCUUCCUGGAGAGUUGGCCAAGCACGCUGUUUCGGAGGGGACCAAGGCUGUGACCAAGUUCACUAGCUCUUGAAUGACUGGUUGGGGCUUUAUCUGGGUAAUUUGGGGAAAUUAGGGUUAGGUUAGGGGUUUCUGGAAUUUCAAAUUUUAUCUAAUGGAGUAGUUGCUCUUAUUGAUGUAAGUACUGGUAUUGUCUAGUGGUUUUAUGAAAUGAAUGUUCAUCCAAUUGAUCAGUG